CGGCAUGGGGGCAGCAAUGAACACAGAUGAUCCUUACCCGCCAACAACUCAGAGAAAGAAAAAGAAGAAGAGGAGCGUAGAAGAAGAGGCAGCUGCGGAAGGCGGUUGUUUUUUUCCCCUUACCUCAUUUGCUAAUGUAAACCUGGUUUAUUUCUCGUUGUUUUGAAAACCACUGUUCACUUUUAUUCUGGAGAGCACAGUAAAGCGGUCGCGAGGAUGUUGGCGACAGGAGCGACUGUAAGCACAGCGGGUCUGGCGCAGGUGGACCGGGAGAAGAUCUACCAGUGGAUCAAUGAGUUGUCCAGUCCAGAAACACGAGAGAACGCCCUGCUGGAGCUCAGCAAGAAGAGAGAGUCUGUGACUGACCUGGCCCCAAUGCUCUGGCACUCCUGCGGGACCAUAGCAGCUCUACUGCAGGAAAUUGUUAACAUCUACCCAUCCAUAAACCCCCCGACACUGACGGCACAUCAGUCUAAUCGAGUGUGUAAUGCCUUAGCACUGCUGCAGUGUGUGGCGUCACAUGUAGAGACACGUUCUGCUUUUCUGGCAGCUCACAUCCCUUUAUUUCUCUACCCGUUCCUGCACACGGUCAGUAAAACCAGGCCCUUCGAGUACCUUCGGCUCACCAGUCUGGGCGUCAUCGGCGCACUGGUGAAAACAGACGAGCAGGAAGUCAUCAACUUUCUGUUAACCACAGAAAUAAUUCCUCUCUGUCUGCGCAUAAUGGAGUCCGGCAGCGAGCUCUCCAAAACGGUGGCCACGUUUAUCCUGCAGAAGAUCCUCUUGGAUGAUACGGGGCUUGCCUACAUCUGCCAGACCUACGAACGCUUUUCACAUGUAGCCAUGAUACUGGGGAAGAUGGUUCUUCAGUUGUCUAAGGAACCCUCGGCUCGUCUGCUUAAACAUGUUGUGCGCUGUUAUUUACGACUUUCUGACAACUCCAGGGCGAGAGAAGCUCUGCGUCAGUGUCUGCCCGAUCAGCUGAAAGACACCACAUUUGCUCAAGUUCUGAAGGACGACUCCACCACCAAACGCUGGCUCGCUCAGCUGGUCAAGAACCUGCAGGAGGGACAGGUGACGGACCCACGCGGCAUCCCUUUACCUACUCAGUAACACACAAACACUGAUAAACACACACACUCAGGACGCCAGCACAGCAGCAUCUCGCACACAUCUGACACAUUUUUACACACAAGGGCACUUAAUAUUUUUUGGCCAAGAAGUUCAGAAACGGUGCUCAGAUUUCACGGUUUGAUUUUAUUUCUUUUUUCGAGAUGUUUAAAUUGACUUUGGACUCUGCUGGACUGAGGAAGAGUCAGUCUCAUCCAUCAUUAGGGAUUUGCUUUUUUUCUACAUCUUCUUGAUGGAAUCCUAAAGAAGAUGAUGAAAGACUGUUUUGUCUGUAUUUUCAUCCUAAACUAAAGGAAAUGUGUAUUUUGAAUGCUGUUGAAUAAACAGUGCCAUGCCAUGGGAAAUGUCAUGCGAAACUGACGACUGCUCUGCUGAUUUUCUGCUCUCAAGGGGGAAUUCGGAGUCAAGUUGUAGUUUUGUGGAGUUAUGUGGAUUAAAAAAAAGUAUCUGAUUAGUUUAUAUAAUAAUUUGAUUUAAUGAUUAUACUCACCAAUUAUAUAUUAAAUGGGAAACAAAGCACUCAGUCAAGUUUACAUUAUUUUGUAAUUGGAUUUCUCUUUAAUGAACAUAUGUUAAACUCGAUUAAUGCAAUCAUUUAGCAUAAAAUGGCAUGUUUUACAAAAAGCUUUUAGACCUAGGGUGCUGCCAUCUUGGAAUAUCGCUGUGUCUGAUGUCACGGGGUUGGUUCUGUUCCCUCAGCUGAACAGAUACAGUGGUAGUAAUGGACUGAACGUGGAAACUGCAAAGCCUAAUUUAACCCAAUGCAUGAAGUUGUGGACAUGAAGCUUGUGCAAAUUCAAUCAUCAGAUGUGUGUCUAACAUAAAAUAUAUAUUUAUUAUAUUAUUUAUUAAAAAUAGAUUUAUUAAAUCUUAAAAAGGGGUAAACUAGGUGGCCUUUAACAUAAUAUAAAUCCACUGUGACGCUUGCAACUUUAUUGACUGCUACCGGCUGGCCAUUAGUUGUAAUGCUAAAACAAGCUGUGAAAAAAAAGCUAGUGAAAUACUUUUCAAUCAAUUUACUUUUUGUCUUAUUAAUGUACUGAACAAUUAUGUGGUGAUCAGUUAUUUCUUUUUAAUAAAACUAUGGUAUUCUUUAAA